AUGAUCGGAAUUGAAAAUAUUAAACCGGCACUUGCUGGGAAUGCCGUUUGGAAAAAUUGUCACACUUUUUCCUCUUUUUUAACCCGAAGAGCAAUGGACGAAUUUAUUGUAUUAAGCCAAAUUAAAACUUUGAAAGAGAUUUAUGAUAUAAAUAAAAAACGACGAAGACCGCUACCUGAAGGCAAUUCAUACAAAUAUGAACACUCUGAUCUUUUAAAUUCAAAGAUUUCUCUACUUCAAAAUGAUAUUACGAAUUUGAAAAUUGAUGCUAUUGGCGGUGGAGUUGACGGCGCUAUUCACAGAGCAGCUGGACCUGGUUUGAGACGUGAAUGUUUGACACUUGGGGGCUGUGAUACUGGUGAUGCUAAAAUAACUAAGGGCUAUGACUUGCCAUACGUAAUUCAUACGGUAGGUCCCAUCGGGGAGGAUCAGAAUGCCCUUAGAAGCUGUUAUCAAAAAUGUAUGGAUCUAUUUCACGAAUAUAAGCUCAAGACUAUUGCUUUUUCGAAUAUAAGCACAGGAAUAUAUGGUUAUCCAAGGGUUCCAGCAGGCACUGUGGCGCUAUGUACUAUCCGAGCAUGGCUUGAAAACCAAAAAGAUCUUGACGAUAUUGAUCGAAUUAUAUUCUGUGUAUUUGAAAAUGAAAAUAAAUUUGUUUACGAGGAAUUAUUGCCGAAAAUUUUCCCACCCCCUUAUGCAACUCCAGAAGAAAUUGAAGAAGAAGAAGAAAAGGCAAGAAUCGAAGAAAAGGCAAGAGCUGAACGAGAGGAAGAAAAAAGGCAAAGAGACGGCAAAGAGAAGGUUGAUGCAAAAGAUGUAGAUAAUGAAGAAAAAGUCACUAAAGAUGAAGAGAAAGAAGAAGAAGGUGCGGAAAUUAAAGAAAAUCUCAAAAUAGAAAAUCAAGAUCCAAAAGUGGAAGUUAGUACUAAAGAAACUGAAGAUCCAGUAGUGGAAGUUAAUACUAAAGAAACCGAAGAUCCAACAGUGGAAGUUAAUACUAAAGAAACUGAAGAUCCAAAAAUAGAAGAAGAAACUGAAGAUCCAAAAGUGGAAGAAGAAACUGAAGAUCCAAAAGUGGAAGAAGAAACUGAAGAUCUAGAAAUGGAAGUUAUGGAUACUGAGGAAUGGGUUGGCGAUAAAGCAUUUUGCUGGAUAAUGUUAAUCAUGGAUGAGGACCUUCUGUUCAUAUAA